CUGGGCUAACUCUGCAUGACCCAGCAUGUUUGCAGUCAGGCCUUGCACCAGUGGCAAAAAAGCUUGCUGCUUGCCACCCGGGGAAGGGACAUAUGCGAGUGCCUGGGUCCUUGCCACAGGGUGGCACUGCCAGGCACAGGGAGGGCCCAGGAUAUAGGAAGGAAGGAGCCAUGUCAGGGAGAGAUUGGGCAAUGGAGUGCAGGCUCCACUCCAACCGAUAAGAGGCACAGGCCUCACUCGCAUGAACAAGAAAGCCCAACUCAGCUGGAGCUUUGGGGAAGAGAGGAGGCUCACACCCCACCCAAAUGGUACCCAAAAUUCUGUGUGCACAAGGGUGAUCUAGCCAAGAAGAAGAUCUACCCAACGAUCUGGUGGCUGUACCGAGACGGGCUGCUUCCCGAUGACACUUACGUGGUGGGUUAUGCCCGGUCCCAGCUCACUGUGGCCGACAUCCGCAAGCAGAGUGAGCCGUACUUUAAGGUCGCCCCUGAGGAAAAACAGACGUUGGAAGACUUCUUUGCCCGCAACUCCUAUAUCUCCGGGAAGUAUGAUGACCGGGCCUCCUUUGACCGGCUCAAUGCCCACAUGAACUCCCUCCACAACGGAGAGAAGGCCAACCGGCUCUUCUACCUGGCCUUGCCACCCAGCGUCUAUGAGGAUGUCACUGGCAACAUCCGGGGUACCUGCAUGAGUGCUGUUGGCUGGAAUCGUGUCAUUGUGGAAAAGCCUUUUGGCAAGGAUUUGGAGAGCUCCAACAAGUUGUCAGAUCACAUCUCAGCACUGUUUACAGAAGACCAGAUCUACCGCAUUGACCACUAUCUGGGCAAGGAAAUGGUGCAGAACCUGAUGGUGCUCAGGUUUGGGAACCGGAUCUUCGGCCCCAUCUGGAACCGCGACAACGUGGCAAGCGUCAUUCUGACCUUCAAAGAGCCAUUUGGCACCGAAGGCCGGGGUGGUUACUUUGACGAGUUUGGCAUUAUCCGCGAUGUAAUGCAGAACCACCUUCUCCAGAUGCUGUGUCUGGUGGCCAUGGAGAAACCAGCCUCCACCAACUCCAAUGAUGUGCGCGAUGAAAAGGUGAAGGUGCUAAAGUGUAUCUCUGAAGUGGAUCCAAAGCAUGUCGUGCUUGGUCAGUAUGUGGGGGAUCCAGCUGGCAAAGGGGAAGCUCAGAAAGGCUACCUGGAUGACUCCACAGUCCCAGUUGGCUCUACCACCCCCACCUUUGCUGCUGCUGUCCUCUACGUGGACAAUGAAAGGUGGGAUGGAGUGCCAUUCAUCCUGCGCUGUGGCAAGGCUCUGAAUGAGCGCAAGGCGGAGGUACGGCUGCAGUUCCGGGAGGUGCCGGGCGACAUCUUCCAGCGGCAGUGCAAGCGCAAUGAAUUGGUCAUCCGUGUGCAGCCCAAUGAGGCAGUCUACACCAAGAUGAUGACCAAGAAACCUGGCAUGUUCUUCAACCCAGAAGAAUCUGAACUGGACCUCACCUAUGGCAACCGCUACAAGGACGUGAAGCUCCCCGAUGCCUAUGAGCGCCUCAUCUUGGACGUUUUCUGUGGGAGCCAGAUGCACUUUGUGCGCAGUGAUGAGCUGCGUGAGGCCUGGCGUAUCUUCACUCCACUGCUCCACAAGAUCGAGGCAGAAAAGACCAAGCCCAUUCCAUAUUGCUACGGCAGCCGUGGCCCAGCAGAGGCAGAUGAGCUGAUGAAGAGGGUGGGGUUCCAGUACGAAGGCACCUACCGCUGGGUGAACCCGCACAAGCUGUGAACAGGCCCUGGAGGCCUCAUUCAGAGUGGCAACCGCUGCUCUGCUCUGCUCUCUGCAGGGAGACUGAGCUGGCCAGGCUGGCUGAUGCGUUUGAAGAGUGGAAGCAUCUUUUCUAGCGGCUUCAUCCUAGGGACACUCCCAAGCAUGCUCUGGUCUUCAGUGUGGGGCUGGCGAUCCUCUCCAUUGCCCUUAGCAUGGGCCUUGGCUAGCAGGUGACUUCCUAGCUUUGCUCUUCCUAUAGCGCUGGUAGCAGGUGGACUAGAGGUCUCAUUCCCACUUCUGCCCCUUUCUAGGGCAAAGCCUCUCCUGGUGGCAGGGAGGCUGCAGGGGGUCUCCUCUUAAGGCACCCCCACCCACCCCCGGUUGCCACUUACAAUGCUGCUCUGUCGAUUGCACUAGUUCUGCUUUUGCUGCACUACUUGUUCACAUUCCUGCCCAAUCUGCUUCUGGGUUUUGUACAUGACGCUGUUCUGUAAAUGGAAAUAUCUACAAGGAGA